GCAAAUUAGUGACAGUUUUCAAAAAUAAAGCCUGGCCCUUUGGUAUAAUCUAGCGGUCCAUCUACGGUCACACUGGUCGAGAGGAGGAAAAAAUUUGCAGCGUAAAAGUCGAAUUUCAAGCCCCCGAAACAUGCGUCUGUCCUCGAUCCUGAAUGGCCAGCACUUUGGCAACCUGGCCAAGGUGCACGGCAUCGUCACCUACAAGCUCUCCCCCUUCGAGCAGCGAGCCUUCGCCGGAGCGAUCAGCAAGGGUCUGCCCAACAUGGUGCGUCGCUUCCGCUCCAACGUCUUCAUCGUGGCGCCCCCCUUCAUCGUCGGCUACCUGAUCUACGAUCUGACCGAGCGCCAGCACACCGCCCUGCUGCGCAAGAACCCCGCUGACUUUGCCAACGACGAAUAAGCGCCCCAACUAGCAAAUAGUUAUGUUAAACUAAUUAAUAAAACUAGACCCACAGUUCAAGAGA